AUGUUUAUUGUGAAAAGAAAAACUAAAUCAAGUUUACCGGUGCAACCAGAAAGAGACAUAUUGUUUUUCCAAGAAGAGACUGAAUCGGAGUCAGAGGGUAGACAGUCAUCUUGUUCACAAGUUCAUGAGCAGGCUUUUACUCCCCAAUCUGACGACGAAUUAUUUGGCAGGCAGCGGAAACUGCAACCGAAGACUGAUGUGGAUUCUAGUGAAGAUAUAAAUAAUCUACCCGGGAGUGAACUGCGAGCACCGGUCGAAAUUUUGGAAACGCAUGAUACUAAUGAAAACUCUAAUUCAGAGAUAGAUCCUGAUGAGGUUGUACCUAUUUCAGUACUUUGUGGAAAGGCAAAGAUUUGCAAAUGGUUAGACGCAAUUGAUCGACAAGAUUUAAAAGAGAAAUUUUUAGAAAAGAGUAUUAAUAUUAAAAACUACCGUGUUUGUAGUGCUCAUUUCUGCAGAGAAGAUUAUAAUCCCAAUAGCCCCAGAUUAUUAUAUAAGGCAGUUCCAUGUCAAUCUGAAUCCAAUAAACAACAAGAGACGGAAUCUUCUUUGGAUAUUGUUAUCCCUCCAGAGGAAGAAGACUUCCAAGAGCCUUUGAAAUCGCCUGUGGCAGCAACUCAAACCCCGUUAUUUUUGACUUCAAACAGCCCACGAAAACUUAAGUUAAAUAAAAAAGUUGUUGAGCUGGAAAGGCAAUUAAAAGAAUUAAGUAGAGAACUUGAAAGAAAAGAUAAAUGUGUUUCUAAACAUUCAUGUGGGGUCUGCCAUAAUUUUUCAAAACAGAAUGAAGAACUUGAUAAUAGUAAUUUAUUUAUUCACUUUGCCGCUUAUAACACACGUUAUAAUGAUUUUGGUAGUUUAAAGACGUCUUUAAACUACCAAAAUCAUUAUAACGUGUGUUAUAAGCGGCAAAGUGAAUAA